UUCGCUUCACUGUAGAACCCCAAGAGAAUAAACAUACCCCCUUCUUCUUCAACCUCGCAGCAUAUAUUCUCCUGGCUUGCUUACAUCCUUCGUGCAUUCAUAUUUGUAAUUACAAGGACUUGCAUUUGAACAAGCACAUACAGGAAAAACAUAGGGUAUCCACCAAAUCAUCUACAGACUUUUUAUCCUUGUGGUCUUCUCCAUCUCCCUUCUCCUAUAUGCAUUAUGUCAUAGAUAGAAGACCUCAACAGAUGAAGCAUCAAAGUCUUGACCUUCGAGAUGUGGUCAAAGACUCGAUGUAUAGAGAAGCUCGUGGGUUAUCACAUAGAACUACAAUGGGAAAGAAGGCUCCAGAUGUGGCGAACUAUAGGGAGUCACAUUAUGUUCUUGCUCAACUUCGAGAAGCCAAUUGGUAUGGUGAUGAACCUAGAGAACUGUCUAGAUCAAAAUCUUGCCAAUAUGAAGAUGGGUUUUCGUUAUCUAUCUCUAAAGAUUGUCGUCGGUUUUCUUAUGAUGGGAGGGAAACCGACCGUUUGUCCAUCAGAUCCGGAGACACUGCUAAAACGACCACCCCAAAGCAACUGAAAGAAUUACCAAGACUUUCUUUAGACAGUAGAGAGCGAUCCAUACGUACUCUUAGCUCUGUUUCACUUGUGCCCGUCAAACCAUUUGAUUCAAAAUCUAACCUGCCUUCAAGGAACCCGAAGAUUGAUUGUGACAAGGGCUUGAUUCAGACACGGCCACCAAGUGUUGUAGCUAAGUUGAUGGGUUUGGAAACUUUCCCUGAUUCUGUGUCAACCAGUGAUGAAAAGUUGGAUGUGGGCCCAAUCAAAAGUCACCAUGUCGAGGAUCUUAAUUCAUUAUCAAAAUCUUCAGAAGCAACUGAUUUCUGUGAGUCGAUUAAUAUGCAUAAUUCCUCAAGAAGCUCAAUGAGGCAACCAACAUCUCCAUGUUGGAAAAAUCCCGACUUGAAGCCAAUUUCUAGAGUUCCCAUUGAACCGGCACCAUGGAAGCAACGUGAUGGUACUCAAGGUCUUCAGAAACCAGCUCCUUGUGUUAUUAGAUCCUCAAAUAAGAUACACAGCCCAGUCUCUUCUGUCUACUGCGAAGUGGAUAAAAGAUUGAAGAAUCUUGAAUUUUUACAAUCUGGGAAGGAUCUUAGAGCUCUCAAACAGAUAUUAGAAGCAAUGCAGGCUGUCGAAGCCAAAAAGAGCGAAAAACUGAAUACUGUGGAUAGACCUUCAGACCAUGAAAUGUCAUUAUAUGAUCAUCAAAAUCCACCAUCUGCAAAUAGGGGGUCAAAUGUUUCACGGGCUAAUGAGUCCCAUAUUGUCAUCAUGAAACCAGCAAAGCUUGUUGGAAAAGGUUUUAGAAAUGAUAAAGCAUGUAAAGAUCCGAUUACUGAAAGUACAUGUGGAGAAAGGCAAUCUCGUCCGUCCACACUUUCAGAUUCUAGUAAACCAAGAAAGCAGUCAAACAAGCAGCAGUCAGAGUCUAUGUCUCCUAGCAGGAGGAGGCGGCUUUCAAAUUUCCAGCAAAGUGAUGAUCAAAACAAAGAGAUUAGUAGCGAACUUAGGAAGUUGAGUUGCAACAAAACUCAAUCGUCUCAACGACUUGAUGGUGGUCGGGUUUCGAAGAUGGAUGCAGAGGUUAAUGCAUCUGAAUAUUCUGAAGAGACCAAUAGCAGGCAGAGUUGUGGCUCAACACAAGAGGUGGGUGAAUCACUCACCCCAGAAUAUCCAAGCCCAGUCUCUGUUCUUGAUGAUUCAGUACAUAUGGGCAAUUCACCUUCACCUGUGAAAUAUACACCAAAUACCCGAAAAGAUUAUACUACUCAAAACCCAGCUGAGAAAAUUGUUACAGAUCAAGUUGGAGCAACAAACGAUCGCGUAUCAAGCCCGAUCAACCUUGAAAAACUGCAGCAAGUUGAGCAUUUGGUUCAAAAACUAAAGAGAUUCAAUUCCAGCCACGAUGAAGCUCACAUAGAUUACAUUGCAUAUCUCUGUGAAAACACGAACCCUGAUGACAGAUACAUCUCGGAGCUCUUCUUAGCUUCUGGGCUCCUCCUCAGAGAUCUUGAAUCUUUUGAGUUUCACUCUUCUGGUCAUCCAUUCAACCCUGAUCUGUUCUUGGUCUUGGAACGAACCAAAUUCAGCAAUCUGCAGAAGGAAAAGUUCCAUCGGAAGCUAAUCUUCGAUGCUGUUAAUGUGAUUCUUGAAGAGAAGUUACAGUCGGCUUGUAGAACGAUGCAGGAUCCUAGAAACCUUUUGAGGGAGUUGUGUUUGGAGAUAGAUCAGCUGCAAAUGCAAAAGAAAAGAGAAAGGUGUGGGUUUGGGGAGGAUGAUGAUGAUGAUGAUGGAUUGAAGAGCAUUCUGUGGGAGGAUGUGUUGAAACGGUCGGAAAAUUGGACGGGUUUUCAUGGUGAAAGUCCGGUGAUCACGGGGGAGGUUGAGCGGUUGAUCUUUAAAGAUUUGAUUAAUGAAGUUGUGGCCGUCCUAGAUCGGAGGUCUGGUGACUUUUCCGGCAAGGCUACCUGACACUAAAAAUCUCCAUAUUGGUUCUAAUUUGUUAGUGUAGGGAAGACUUAUUACUGGUUAAUUAGUUUUGCUCUUUAACUUUAUCAAUACUUUUGUAACUAAAAAUUUUAAAGAUGUC